CCCGCCGCCGCCCCGACCCGCCGCCGCCGCCGCCUCCCGCCGCCCCGGCCCGGCCGCCCGCCCCGCGCCGCCGCCGCCGCGCCCGAGGGCUGCGUGUGUCCCCCGUGCCCCCCCAUCCCCCACGCCAUGGCCCCCCGCCGCCUGCUGGCCCUCGCCUCGCUGCUGGCCCUCGCCACCGCUGCCACCACCCCGGGGUCCUCGUGGAGCGCCGUACCCCGAAAAACUGUCCCCUACGCGGAGCUGAAGGACGCGGCCAAGCGCUUCUCGCAGGGGGGGGUCUCGCACUACCUGACGCUGACGCUGGAUGAGGCCGAGGCGUUGCUCUACGUGGGCGCCCGCGAGGCCAUCUUCGCCCUGGCCACCGGCACCGUGGAGCUCAAGGCGGCGAUUUCCUGGGAAGCCCCCGUGGACAAGAAAGCCGAAUGCAUCCAGAAGGGCAAAAACAACCAGACCGACUGCUUCAACUACGUGCGCUUCCUACAGAGCUACAACAGCUCUCACCUCUACGCCUGCGGCACCUACGCCUUCCAGCCCAAGUGCACCUACAUCGAACUGUCUGGCUUCACCCUGGACCAAGUGGCUUUUGAGGACGGCAAAGGGAAGUGUCCGUAUGACCCCACCAAGGGACACACCGGCCUCAUCGUGGACGGGGAGCUGUACUCGGCCACCUUCAACAACUUUCUGGGCACGGAGCCUGUCAUCCUCCGCAACCUGGGCCCCCACUACUCCAUGAAGACGGAGUAUCUCACCUCCUGGCUGAACGAGCCCCACUUUGUGGCUUCGGCUUACGUGCAGGAGAGCACGGCCAGCAGCACCGGGGACGACGACAAGGUUUACUUCUUCUUCAGCGAGCGGGCGGUAGAGUACGACUGCUACGCCGAGCAGGUGGUGGCCCGCGUGGCGCGGGUCUGCAAGGGGGACGUCGGUGGGGCGCGUACGCUGCAGAAGAAGUGGACAACCUUCCUGAAGGCUCGCUUGGUGUGCUCGGCGCCUGAGCAGCAGCUCCACUUCAACCGCCUCCAGGCUGUCUUCACCCUGCCGGGGGCCGACUGGCAGGACACCACUUUUUUCGGCGUCUUCCAGGCCCGCUGGGGGGAUGUGGAUGUUUCAGCUAUUUGCCGCUACCACAUCCUGGAGGUGAAGAAGGCGUUUGAAGGGCCCUACAAGGAAUACCGGGAGCAGGCGCAGAAGUGGGGCCGGUACUCGGAUGAGGUGCCGAGCCCCCGUCCCGGUGCGUGCAUCACCAACUGGCACCGCCAGAACGGCUUCGCCAGCUCCCUGGAGCUGCCCGACAACACCCUCAACUUCGCCAAGAAGCACCCGCUGAUGGAUGAGCCCAUCCUGCCGCAGCGCGGCCGCCCGCUGCUCCUCAAGAAAGACGCCAACUUCACCCAGCUGGUGGUGGACCGAGUGGCCGGGCUGGAUGGCACCAUCUACGAGGUGCUUUUCAUCGGCACAGGUGACGGUUGGGUGCACAAGGCGCUGAACCUGGGCGCUCGCAUCCAUCUGGUGGAGGAGCUGCAGGUUUUCCAGCCGGCGCAGCCCGUGGAGAGCCUGGUCCUGGCCAGCCGGAAGAAGCUGCUCUUCGCCGGCUCCCGUUUCCAGGUGGCCCAGUUGCCCCUGGCUGACUGCGGCCGCUACCAGUCGUGCACGGACUGCGUCCUCGCCCGGGAUCCCUACUGCGCCUGGAGCCGCAACGCCAGCCUUUGCGUCCGCACCGACGGCCUCAACGGCUCCCAGCUGGUCCAGGACGUGCUGAGCUCCGACACCCGCGCCUGCACCCUGCCGCAGGUGGCCAAGCAAGGGCCCAUCACCCCUAAAAACGUGACGGUGGUGGCAGGCACCGACCUGGUGCUGACGUGCCGUUUGGGCUCCAACCUGGCGCAGGCGCUGUGGACCUUCGAGGGGCAGGCGCUGGCGGCCGAGCAGGCGCUGGUGCUGCACGACGCCCGGCUGCGUGCCCUGGUGGUGCCGGGAGCCGGGGCGCAGCACAGUGGCACGUACCGCUGCUUUUCGGAGGAGCAGGGCGCCCGCUUGGGGGGCGAGGUGUACCGGGUGGCGGUGCUGGCCGGUCCCGGGGUGCCGCUGGAGACGCGGGCGCCGCUGGAGAGCCUGGGGCUGGUGUGGGUGGUGGCGGUGUGCCUGGGCGCCCUGUGCCUGGUGCUGGUGCUGGUGGUGUUCUCGCUUUGGCGGCGGCUGCGGGAAGAGCUGGGCAAAGGCACCAAAGCCAUCGAGAGCACCCUGGUGUACCCCAUUGAGCUGCCCAAGGAGCCCCCCAGCCCCCACUUCGUGCCCAGCGCCGCCUCCGACUCGGAUGAGAAGCUCUGGGACCCGGCCAGCUACUACUACUCGGACGGUUCGCUUAAAAUCGUGCCGGGUCACGCCGCCUGCCGCAACGGGGGCCCUCCCGGUGCCGCCUCGCCGCCCACCGCCAUCCCGGGGCAGCCCCUCCACUCGCCCACCCGCAUCCACCUGGGUCCCCUGCGCGGUUCCUCCUCCAACGGCUACAUCCGCCUGGCGCUGGGUGCCGAGGAGCGGCCGCCCUGCGCCGAUUUGGCCGAGGAGCUGCGGCGCAAACUGCAGCAGCGCCAGCCCCUGCCCGACUCCAACCCCGAGGAAUCGUCGGUGUGAGCCGCCGGUGGGCGGCAUCCCCGCCGCCGAGCAGCCGUACCUACCUCAGGGCCUGGCCUGGUACCCGCCGCGGGGACCCCGGGGCCACCACUCGCCAUGAGGACCACCGCCUUGGCACCAGCGCCCGCCUUGGGGCUGCAGGGUGGGCACCGGCACCCGCCGCGGGGACCCUGGUGCCACCACUCGCCAUGAGGACCAGCGCCUUGGCACCAGCGCCCGCCACGGGGACCCUGGUGCCACCACUCGCCGUGGGGACCACCGCCUUGGCACCAGCACCCGCCUUGGGGCUGCAGGGUGGGCACUGGCGCCCAUUGCGGGGAUGCCGGUGCCAACACCCAUCUCGGCGGACUGCUGCAACGGCACCCAUCGUGGCGAUGGGGCUGCCACCCCAGUGCCGGUUGCCACUUUGGGGACAGGACUGUCACCCCAGUGCCGGUUCCCACUUUGGGGACAGGACUGCCACCCGGUUUGGGGAUUGCCACCCCGGCACCCGCCUUGGGGUGACAUGUUUGGGGCGCCGGAGCUGCUCUUGGUCACCACAUCCGCCUUUGGUACCAUGUCCCAGCCAAGGGACCCACCUCGGGGGCUGCCACCCGCCUUGGGGACCACCCCGGCCCUGGGCACCACCGAGACCCCCCAGGCACCGCGUCCUGGCCUGGGUAGUGGCCACAGGAUGUUUUUUUGAGACGAUUUAAGAACCGAUCGGGUUUUUUUCUUCCUGAGAACUUUUCUAAUGCCCCCUCACCCCCCCUGCCGCCCCAGGGCUUCAUACCCCCUUGGCCCUGGCUGUAAAUACCCCCCCCCCCCAUCCCCCGCCUGCUGCCCCCCCUGCACGCCGCCCACCUGGGCCCCUUUUGUAUACCCCCCCAGUGUAAUUUAUUUGUUACUGAAAUAUAUUUAUUUGCUGUAAAUAUGUGAGUAUUUUUAUAUUAAUAAUAAAAAGGAGUAAAAAAAAUAAAAAAUUAAAAAAUUUAUAUUUUGCAAGCGAAGCCCGCGGGGGCCGUGGCCGAUGCUGGGGGGGGGUGCUGGGCCCCCCCCUGGUGCUGAGCUCAUGGAAAAAGGCUGCGCUCGGGGCUAUAAAAGGGCAUCGUGGUGCCGUUCCCAGGGGUGGGGGGGCCCCAGCCCCCCCGGGCCAAGGCUGCUGCGGCCUGGCCCCAUGCCCGGCACCCCCCCAGCUGCCGGGGGUCAGCGCGGGGCAGGCGGGGGCUCCCCGGGGGACCGUGCCGGGAAGCCGGGCGGA